UCGAAGCGUGUAUACAUACAAGUUUAACAAUCUAUCUAUUCUAUGAAUCUUAUCUUAUUUUAGCAGUGAUGUAUUAUUAAUAAUAAUCAAUGUAUUGCAUGCGUUGUGCGAACAUAUCUUUAAAAAUAUGGCAAAAUCAGAUGUGGUGAACAACUCCAAAAUAUUGUCAAAUUUGGAAAAAGAGCAAAAAGUAAUCGAUAGAGCACCUUUUCGACACUUAAAAAUCACCGACGCUGGGAUUUUGGAUACGAUAGAAGGCAGGAAAAUAUGUGAACGUUGUUAUAGAUCACGAAAAUUCUUCUGUUAUUCAUGUUAUUUACCAGUCAUCAGUGAAAAAUAUUUUCCAAGAAUAAAGCUACCAAUAAAGAUUGACAUCAUCAAACAUGCACGUGAGAUUGACGGAAAAAGUACUGCAAUACAUGCUGCUAUUCUUGCACCAGAAGAUGUGAGGAUAUUUACAUAUCCUGAUUUUCCAGAAAUAGAGGAAAAAGAGAAGACUGUUUUAAUUUUUCCCAGCCAAUUUGGCAUGAGCGUGGACUCACUGUUUAUGAAAGAGAUUAAAAAAGAUGAUAAAGUAAUUGUGAAACAAAUAAGGAACACGAUUCCUAUAACUAGAGCUAUUUUUAUUGAUAGUACAUGGCAUCAAACAAAAGCUAUUUACAAAGAUCAAAGGCUACGAGAUUUGCAAUGUGUAAUUUUAAAAUCUAGAAUAUCUCAAUUUUGGCGUCAUCAGAAGAAAAGUCCACGGUGGUAUUUAGCUACAAUUGAAGCAAUUCAUCAGUUUUUAGUGGAGUUGCAUACCUGUGCAUAUGGUAUAGUACCAGAAUAUGCUGACAUAAACAAUGCUGGAAAAGAAAUAAUUAAUGAAGUAAAUUCUAUGAAUGAUACUACACAGUGUCAUAUAAAUGAAUUAUCUAAAUUGGAUCAAAGGUACAAAGGUCAAUACGAUGAUCUUUUAUAUUUUUUUAAAUAUAUGUAUGAAAAGAUUCAUACUAUGUAUGAUCAUGACCAGUUAUGGGCAUAUAAGAGGCCAUUGACGUAAUUCUGUGAUAAUGAAAUAAGUAUUAAUAUAUUAUAUUAAGUAUAAUACU